UGUUAUAUCCAUUUGUUAUAUCCAUUUGUUAUAUCCGUUUGUUAUAUCCGUUUGUUAUAUCCGUUUGUUAUAUCCGUUUGUUAUAUCCGUUUGUUAUAUCCGUUUGUUAUAUCCGUUUGUUAUAUCCGUUUGUUAUAUCCGUUUGUUAUAUCACUGACACUUAUCAUGGCAAGCCACUCCGACACUGAAAAUUUUUCUUUCCAGUUGCCACCAAAAUACGCACCAGGAACAGACUUAAUGAGUAAAUGGAUGUUGAAUCAUGAACUGGUCGUCAAUCUUAUUGUAAAAAGUGUUAUUGGCGAACACGCUGAAAAUGAAUACAACACAAAACCCACAGAAUGGACGAACUACACCAGAUCAGAUGUAUUUUACUGUCCAAUUAACCGUGCAAAAACCAAGACAUUACCGCCUGUGCUUAUCGAAGUCCAACACGCUGCCAAUGGUGCUUUUUUCCGUCGCCUCAAUGAGUAUUGUCUAAUGAUCAGAAAACAACACCCAAUAUUGCCAGUGGCAGUAAUCUUUUGUACUCACAAUACGAGCCAGGAAUUCAAGGACCUCACUUACGAUUGCGAGGUAAUGCCAUUCUGCAAGCGAGUGUGUCAGGAACAAGACAGACCGAAGAAUACUUUAUAGGCAAGAUGAGCUUAGCAAUUGGCUAGAGAAUAUAGAGAUAUUUAUUAUAUUAUAGGUUGAUAAUAUAACUGACGAAGAAGUAACUCAACGACAAAAUAACUAAACUAUUUAUACUAAUGUUGAGGUAGCAUGUGUGAUGUUUUGAUAAUAGAGUUAUAUAAUAAGAUGAUAGUGAGACAAAGGUAGAUACUUUGAG